AUGAAAGAUAUUUUACUAGAAACGGACUAUGAUGAACAAGCAAUAGUUGUACUUGUUGAUUUUUGCCGAAAAAUCUUCCAAGGUAAUGAAUAUGAAUUAAAGAUAAUUGAUGAAUUCGGACGAGAUUAUCACAAACAUACACCAAUAUGGUGGUAUACUCGCGAAUGUUUUACAUAUAAAAUGCUUAAUCGUAGUUUAAGAAUGCUCGAAAUUGAUGUAAUUGCUGCCAUGGGUUUCUUUAUGAAAGACAUUCAUCAACAGCUCGAAAAAGAACAUCGGACAAGAUCUACUGGAAGGGCACCAUUUAUCGUCUAUCGAGGUCAAGCAAUGUCGAAUGAUGAAUUUGAAAAAAUACACAAGAACAUUAAUGGGCUACUUACCUUCAAUAAUCUUCUUUCUACAAGUGUCGAUUUUAAGGUUGCCAUGGGAUUUGCACAGAACCGUAAAGGUCAACCAGAUAAAGUUCCUAUUCUAUUUGAAAUGCAAAUCGAUCCAAUUUUAACAACAAUUCCGUUUGCUUCGUUGAAAGGUUUGGGCUACUUUCACGCAGAAGAAGAAAUUCUCUUUUCAAUGCAUACCAUUUUUCGAAUUACUCAAGUUAAGGAGAACCAGGAUCAUAUAUGGCAGAUCAAAUUGGAUUUGGUGAGUGAUAAAGAUCUACAAAUCGGUGAAUUGAUCAAACGUAUGAGAAGUGAAAUUGGCGAUGGAAGUGCAACUGAUCGAUUAGCUCGAUUGAUGGUUACAUUCGGCGAAUUCGGUAAAGCUGAAACAGUCUAUAAUCUAGUACUUGGUUCGAUACCUAACGAUGAUGAAAAAGCUCUUGCUUGCAUAUAUAAUCAAUUAGGGUACACUCAAUAUAAACAAGGUAAUCAUUCGCAAGCCUUGACAUCCUACGAAGAUGCACUUAAAAUUCAAGAGAAAUUGCGUCCUUCAACUGAUCUUGAUCUAGCCAAUACCUAUAACAAUAUUGGUCUUUUGUAUGCAAACCCGAAUGACAGUUGUAAGGCAGUAGAAUAUCAUCAAAAAGCUCUGAACAUACAACAAGAACAUCUUGAUCACAACCAUCCAGAUUUGGCAAAUACCUACAACAAUCUUGGUCUAGCCCAAAUAUCAAUGGGAGAUCAUAAACAUGGACUUGAUAACCUUUCCGCAGCAUUGAGAAUACGACAAAUAUCACUGCCUGCUAACCACCCAUUGAUAGCCUCAGUAUAUAGUACCAUUGGUGGAGUGUAUCAAAAACUGGAGGACUAUUCAAAUGCGCUUAUAUUCUACAAAAAUGCACUAGAUAUUGAAGAACAAGCUUCUCAUUCCAAUCAUCAAACUUUAGCUAUGGCUUAUUAUAAUAUGUCGACGAUAUUGAACGAUCUCAAACAAAACGAUAAGGCCAUACAAUAUGCUGAAUCUGCUGUUCAAUUGGCUAGUAAAUUCUUAGAACCAAAUCAUCCAAAUACAAUAUUGUUUAACGAGUAUUUCAAAGAACUUAAAACAAAACAAUCAUGA